AUGGUGAAGCUAAACACAGUUCCACUCCUGCAGAGCAAAGAACCAUCGUUGGAACUUUAAAGAAUCAUAUUUUUGAGGAUGAAGAUUAAGCCAAAUGUUGUCAGUUUCUGGUCCACCUAACAUUGUUAUUAUGUACGGGUGAGGACUAGGACUUAAAGAAGACUUGAGGAUUUUAAUGAGGAAAUGGAACUCCAAAACCAAUUGAAGGGCGAUUGGAGCCGGUAUUUCUGCAAUCAGCCACCAGUGGAGUUUGAUACAAGACCAAACCAUCAUCAUCAUCAUCAUCACUGCAAUGAGUUUACAAAUAGCUCUGUACACAUGGAGGGCAAUUCAGAUCAAUACUGCAGCAUCUGGAAGGAUACUGAGCAAACAGAAGUGAAGAAUUGUAACAAUCGGUCAUUUGCCAUGGAUGCUAGAAUAAGACUAGAUCAUUUGAAGUCAGGGUGCCAUUCACCCUUUUCCACGGAUGGGAUGUUGUACAAGUAUAACUGUCAAAAUGACAGCUGGGACAGUGAAGACUCACAGGAGGAAGUGUCAGCUUUAGACUCAGUAGAGCUUCUUGAGGUAGAGGAGGGUGAGCAGGAUGAAGAGAGCUGGUUAUACAAGUCUCAAAAGAAGCAGGAGUUAGAGGAGAGAAGUGAGUCUGCCCUCCAAUGGUGUCGACACGUCCUGGAUAACCCCAGUCCUGAGAUGGAGGCGGCAUGUCGUUCGCUGAUAAAUUGGCUGAAUCAAAGCAGUUUUUCCUACCGACAUCCUGCAGUUUUUCAUCAUUAUGUGGGCUCCUCUAUGGACAAAUCAUCUGUCAGUUCAGAUCAUAAUGAGCUGAGCAUCUCGCACAACUCGAUAACUUCCACCUACAGACUGCAGCACAUCACAGACAUCCACAUCUUGGCUCAAACACAGGAAGCCAGUUUAAGACAAGCCUAUGUUUCCACACCUACCAGGAGGAGAACCCCAGAACCAUCACCUGGUCUCUCAUCACUGAGCUCUUCCCCUCGCCGCUCACCAACAGUUGCUAAGCAGAACUGCCAAAGUCCGAAACUGGGUAGACUACACCAGCAAGUCAUCCAGUUCAAACUGCUGAAACAGAAUCAAGACAGGGCACAGGCACCUCUGCAGACCAGCCUCCGCUCCCUUCAGGCUUUAAGGAACAGCAGAAGUUUAGACACAGAGGACUGCCAAUUUCUUGACCAUACCACUUCCACAGCAUCAGGUGCAUCAUCUGUCAGCAAUGGGUCAGGCUGCUGGCCUCCUUCCCUUUCUCCAGCGCCCAUGAUCUCAAACAGCUCAGUGCACUCAGUGAGAGCCUCCGAGCGGCUGCUGAGGUCUCAGUCCCUCAGCCCCAGCAGGAUCCCUCACCCCGCUAAAGGACACCUCUCUGAUCAUGGACGUGUUUUUGCCUCACCCGACAGGUCGACCAGCAUGGCUUGGGGCAGAAAUGUGCCGUCCACUCAAUGCUGAAUCCCUGAUAGUAGCCUAACAUUUGAUAGGGCAGAAUAAAAACAGAUGUUUAUAUAUCUUCUAUUAAUUUACAUGAAUCCCCGCCUUCAUAAUCAUGUUGCAAGAAACAGUUACAUUAUCAAAAUACAAAAUAUCUAAUUGCUACAGCUACUGAGAAAACAAAGGUGAUUUACAUAUUUUUUUACUUUCCAGCUUUCCUGCACAGUUUUAUAUAGUUGUUAAAAAGUAAUAAAAAGGAACCAAAUGAUAAAAGGUAACAUUAGUUUGAAAAAGUCAUUCAAAUAGUUACUUUCUACAUUUGAACUUUGUAUUCUCUCUACUCUAUAUUUUAAAACUAACCCUUCCAACAGCUGGUAUGAAGAGCAGUAGAUUGUGGAAAUAGUCUUUCAUAAAGGCAAGCUUCUUAUGAGUUUUACAUCAGAUGGGUUGGGGUUUGAGUCAUCUUUAUCCAAAACAGGUUGAUUAAGAUUUCAGAAGGUGUUGUUGGCAAUGCUCUGAGCAACACCUGACCAUCCUGUGUGCUGAAAUGAGACAAUGUUGUUUGAACAAUAACCUGUGUGAUGUGGAAUAUUGUAAUAUAAGGAAUUCAAAUGUUAUCAGCAUUUGAUACAGAACUGACUUUUCUAUGCUGAUUUGAAUGUGAAUACCAGCAUUGUAAAGGCCUUUUUCAAAGGAAGUUUGACCUAAUAUUGAAGUCAAAAUAAGUUUUUCUGCAGAGUUGACACAACAGGAAGUGUGCAGCUUGCCAACAAGUACUGUGUGAAUAACAAAACAGGUGACCUCAUGGUUGAGAGGAAGUGGUUAUGUUACCAAUAAAUAGAUGGAAGUGUGGUUUGUGUGAUUACAUGAUACAGAUAGUCUUUCCACCCUAUACGAUACUAGGGCCCUCGAGCAGGGUCCUCUAAAUGUUAAGCAGCUAUUACUUACAUUAUAGUGACUCUGACAUCUGUGCUUUUCCUGUGAUGACAUGGUUUUAACAGUCAAACCAUAUAUCAUAAAGUCAAACCAAACCCAGUCAAGGUGUAAUCAUUUUCUUUUGUUGGCAUGCAGUGGGCCUUGUGGUUUGUUACCUCUGCACACACAGCACCCGUCAACGUUUACUUCAAAUGUAAUCAAAGUUCCUUUCUGGUGCAGCGUGUCGUCUCGUCUUUAGAUUAAACAUGUCAAUAUGGACAAGAGGAUGUUUUGGGGUUUUUUAAAACCAGAUUCAAACCACUUUAUUUCACAAAGCUUGAUAAGUUAUUAGCACUUGGAGAGUUAAAACUAUCAGAAUACUACAUUUUCA